CUUUCUAGUGCACUUUGACGCCAUUAAAUAUGUCAGACGGCUUCUAGCAUCGAUGCUCGUGUUUCCUGUUUACCAACAAGGGCAGAAGAGGUUUGUGUACGUGUUCCGGUCCAAAGGAUCAGAUGAAGGAGACUGGACCGGAAACUCAUGCUGAGAUCAUACGAACAAAGUUAGUCUUGUUAGCUUUAGCCGACGUGUGGCCAGCCGGGUCAAACACACGUUCAAACAGGACAUCGGCACCGCUAACUGGACUGUUGCUGGACAAUCAAGCUUGAAAUGAGUUCGGACUUACUCGUUCGGUGCUGUUAGCCUGCUAGUAGGCUGUCUGCUCGGACAUAAGCUAACGAAGCAAGGAGACGACGGAGUGAACAAGGACGUUUCAAUCAAAGUGACCUCAAGUGACUGGCAUGAUGUUGGUGCCCUUUCUCAGUUGAACCCCUACUAGUGUCCCCUGGGGGACUGCUGAAGGUAAGCAGCAGUCUGUCAACAUGCAGCUGACCUAUCAGAAGCUGGUGCCUCAGCUGAGGCGGAGCCCGCGCCUCAAAACCCUGACGGCCACUGUGCUCGCCGCCUACACCAUCAAGAAACUGUCGCCGUAUGUCUGGAGGCGGAUCCAGGGGGGUUCAGCAGUUAAACAACUGGGUGGGGCUAAUCUUCCUGUGGGAAUGGUCAGUAAUUCCUCCAUCUCUGUGGAUGCAAGUAAACAGAAGGGGAGUGACAACAGGUCUCCAUCAGUGAACAAGGAGUUUGUGGUGCGACUUGCUGGUCUUUUAAAGUUGUUGUUUCCACGGUUACUAUGUCCUGAGGUGGCAGUGCUCGUCCUGCACUCUCUCACGCUCAUGUCCAGAACCUUCUUGUCCAUCUAUGUCGCCACCUUGGAUGGCAUGAUCGUCAAGUGCAUCGUGCAGAAGGACCCGCGUGCCUUCAUUCUGCAGCUUCUCAAGUGGCUGCUUGUGGCCGUUCCCGCCACCUUCAUCAACAGCGCCAUCAGGUUCCUGGAAGGUCAGCUGACCUUGCGCUUCAGGGGACGCCUGGUCAGCCAUGCGUACCAGCUCUAUUUCACCAACCAGACGUAUUACAGAGUCAGCAACAUGGACGCCCGCCUGUCCAACCCGGACCAGUCCCUGACGGAGGACAUUGUCAUGUUCUCAGCCUCAGUGGCCCACCUCUACUCCAACUUGACCAAGCCCAUCUUGGAUGUGGUCGUCACCUGCUACACACUGCUGCGUACCGCCCACUCCAAAGGAGCCAACACCACGUGGCCCUCAGUCAUCGCUGGCUUGGUGGUGGCACUCACGGCCAAAGUGCUGCGCUCUUGUUCGCCUCGCUUCGGGAAGCUGGUGGCUGAGGAGGCACGGCGUAAAGGCGACCUGAGGCACAUGCACUCACGAAUUAUCGCCAACUCAGAAGAGAUCGCCUUCUACGGAGGCCACACGGUGGAGAUGGCCCAGCUGCAGAGGAGCUACACGGCGUUGUCGCGUCAGAUCCAUCAGAUCCUGCUUAAGCGCCUGUGGUACGUCAUGCUGGAACAAUUCCUCAUGAAGUAUGUGUGGAGUGCCUCAGGCCUGGUCAUGGUUGCCGUUCCCAUCAUCACUGCUACCGGAUACUCCCAAUAUGACUCAGAGGAGGUGAAGCAGGCGGCCAUGGUAAUGAAGGAGGAGGAGCUUGUGAGCGAGAGGACGCAGGCCUUCACCACAGCUAGAAACCUACUCAACGCUGCCGCUGACGCCGUGGAGAGGAUCAUGAGCUCCUACAAAGAGGUCACAGAGCUGGCUGGCUACACGGCUCGCGUCUCCGAGAUGCUGAAUGUUUUUGAGGAUGUCAAGGAGGGAAUCUACCAGCGGUCCUUGGACAGAGAUCAGGGGAUGCCAGCAGGGGGAGCAGUGGUGCAGCACGGCCACAGAGUCUGCGGUCUUCUGGGCAUGCGAGGUCACGUGGUCAGUGUGGAGAAGGGGAUUCGCUGUGAGAAUCUGCCAAUCAUCACACCCACAGGAGAUGUGGUCGUGUCCUGCCUCAACAUCCAGGUGGAUGACGACAUGGAUGUGUUGAUCACGGGACCCAACGGUUGUGGAAAAAGUUCUUUGUUCAGGAUCCUCAGCGGCCUGUGGCCCGUUUAUGGAGGUGUCCUGUACCGACCAGAACCACACCACAUGUUCUACAUACCACAGAGGCCUUACAUGUCUGAGGGGACUCUGAGGGAUCAGGUGAUCUAUCCAGACUCUGUGGAGCAGAUGGUCCAGAAAGGACUCACGGACACUGGAUUGGAGGAGAUCCUUUCCACUGUGCACCUUCUCUACAUCCUGGAUAGGGAGGGAGGUUGGGAGUCAGUGAGUGACUGGAAGGACGUCCUGUCAGGCGGAGAGAAGCAGCGAAUGGGAAUGGCUCGCAUGUUCUACCACAAGCCCAAAUACGCCCUGCUGGAUGAGUGCACGAGUGCCGUGAGCAUUGAUGUGGAGGGAAGCAUCUUUCAGGCUGCAAAGGAUGCUGGGAUAUCUUUGCUGUCAAUCACACAUAGACCCUCCCUCUGGAAGUACCACUCUCACAUCCUGCAGUUCGAUGGUGAAGGCGGUUGGCGUUUUGAGCGUCUGGAUGCGUCCACUCGUCUGUCUCUGCAGGAAGAGAAGCGGCGUCUGGAGAGUCAGCUGUCAGGAAUCCCCAAGAUGCAGCAGCGUCUGUCUGAGCUCUGCGUCCUGUUGGGGGAGGGGCAGGGGGACGUGCCCACCGGCCAUGACACGCCCCUUUCCUGAGGGACGCCCUGCACAGCAUGAUGGCGUUCUCACUGUCACCUGGGGCAGAAGUUGAACAUCAAGAGGAGACAAUUUUAUUUCAAACUGUGCCAAUUUUAAUCUUUUUAAUGAUGACAAAUCAGCAGGUCAAAAAAGUCAGUAACUUUUCUUUUUCACUAAAACCUGUUUGACAACGAGGAUGUCAUAGAAAAGAUAAAGUAGCUCAACAAUGUAUUUUUACCUUGCUUUUCAAAAUAAAACAUGUUGACAAGUCUUCAUGGUGGUGAUUGACAGCCAGUGCUGGCAGG